AUGCAAGUAGAAAUGGGGAAUUGUGUUUACAAACCUUUUACUGAAUAUGGUAUUGUAGAAAGCUAUGAAUUUCCUCCUUCAGUGCUAUCACAACGUAUGCUCAAAGCUGGUGAUGUAUUUAUCCUCAGAUAUCCAACCUUAACUCCAUCCUCCCCCACCCACUAUUCAAUUCUUAUCGAUAUCUGUGGUGAAUCUACAAAAGACAAUGUGAUUGGCCUAGAGUUGCAUCUUGUUUUAGAUCCAGAUAAUAACCAAAAGGUUGUUAGUUUUAUAGGAGGUCGUCGUUCAAGAAGUCUCCUAUUAUUUUCUCCGACCUUUAUUGGUAAAGCUCCAUCAACCGUCACAUUCAACCAAUCUGAUACCACCGGUGUUCAAAUGAAUGGAGAUAAUGCACAGUCCAUUGGUGCAUGGGCAGGUCAUCGAUUUUCAUAUUUCAUCAAACAAGAAUGCGAUGGUAACAAAGUUUGGGGACCUAUCACAAAUUGUCACAAAUAUGCCAGAUUCCUUGUCCAUGAACUUAGAUUACAGUGGCCUGAAGAAAUCAAGGUAUUUAAAGACUACCAAUGGUUGGAUAAUUGGUAUGUGAUGGCUCAGAGUCCAAUCACUAGGUUAGGUUUCCCAUGUUAA